UUAUUUUUGUUCUUUCAUCAUUUUCUUCUUCCUCCAUUCUGGGUUUUUUGACCGUUGCUUUUCUUCUAUAAACCCUUCUCUCUCUCUCUCUCUCUCUACUUUCUCUCUCUACCUCCAUAAUCCUUUCUCUCUCUCUCACUCUUACACUCUCUCGCUAAUCAAACCACCGCCCAAGAUUACACUCUUCUCUCUUCCUUCCCCCCGCCCAAGAUUCAUCCCUCCAGCCCAGAGAAACCUUAUGAGUCUGGCAAGAAACACACAGCAAUAUCCUUGUGAUUUCGGUUUUGAUUCGAGCUUGACGAAUUCUUAGUUUUUCAAAGUUUCAAAGAAAGGGGGACAAAUUGAGAUAUGGGAUGUUCCAUGUCAAAGCUGGAAGAUGAAGAGGCAGUUAAACUUUGUAAAGAUCGGAAGAGUUUUAUCAAACAAGCUGUUGAGCAGAGGAGACGAUUCGCUUGUGGACAUCUAGCCUACAUUCAGUCAUUGAAACGAGUAUCUGCUGCUCUUCGUGAGUAUGUCAAUGGAUACGAGCCUCGCGAAUUGUUGUUAGAUUCAUUCAUUACUCCCUCUUUCACACCUCCUGUAAAGAAAACAAGUCCUAGUUUUAUAUCCAUAACGCCGAAUUCCUUCUCGCAACUUCCUAUUCAAUCUAAACCAAAUACAGUAGUGAGAGUAAAUUACCUGAGAUCAGGUGGGAAUGGAGCAGUUUCUGUAGAAGAGAGACCUCAGUCACCAGAAACUGUGAGAGUUCAAUCUUAUUCACCAAUGCAUCAGUAUGGAUUUGAUGGCUACUUCCCAAUGCAAUCCCCCCCAGUGAAUACCUCAUUCUUUUCUUAUUCUCCUUACAACAGACCAAAUAUCCCUCCCCCAUCACCCGAAAGUUCGCAAUGGGACUUCUUCUGGAAUCCGUUUUCAUCAUUGGAUAACUAUGGCUACCCCUCGCACAAUGGUUUCGAUCACAUGGCAAUUGAUGAUGAGAUCAGAGGGCUAAGACAGGUUAGAGAAGAAGAAGGGAUUCCUGAACUUGAAGAUGAUGAAACUGAGCAGGAAGACAACAGCAAUAGGAGAGUAGACAACAGCAAUAGGAGAGUAGACAACAGCAAUAGGAGAGUGGACAACAGCGAUAGGAGAGUAGACAACAGCGAUAGGAGAGUAGACAACAGCAAUAGAGUAAAUGCCACUGAUGAAAGAACACGUACUGGCCAAAGUUGUUGUAGAGAGGAAGUUGUUGUUGAAGAUGUGGAUGAGGACGAGGAUGAAGAUGAAGAUGACGAGGAUGAAGAUGAGGACGAGGACGAGGACGAGGAUGAGGAUGAGGAGGAAACAAACCAUGGAAGUGAGAUAGAACUUGAACCAAAAGGCAUACAUUCUCGUCGUAAUGGGAAGAUUGAUGUAUCAAGGGUCCAGAAUGCCGGAACUAUUGCAAGUACAAGCCAAGAAUCGGGGGUGGCUCAUCCUGAAUCCAAGGAAGAAACACCGGGCUUUACUGUUUAUGUGAACCGAAAGCCAACAAGCAUGUCAGAGGUCAUUAAAGAACUGGAAGCUCAGUUUAUAACAGUUUGCAAUUCAGCAAAUGAGGUCUCAGCACUGUUAGAGGCUAAAAAAGCUCCAUACAUGGCCACUUCAAAUGAACUUACAGCCAUGAAAAUGUUGAACCCAGUAGCUUUAUUCCGCUCAGCUUCAUCUCGCUCUUCCUCGUCAAGAUUUCUAAUAAGCUCUUCAGUGACUAAGGAUGAAAGUGGUUAUGAGAGCAGUGGCGAUGUAGCGGAAGAAUCCAGCUCAUUUUCACCUGGUCAUCAAUCGACAUUGGAUAGAUUAUAUGCUUGGGAGAAAAAGCUCUACCAGGAAGUGAGGUCUGGAGAAAAGGUUCGAAUUGCAUACGAGAAAAAAUGUAAUCAACUCAGAAACCAAGAUGUAAAAGGUGAAGAUCCAUCUUCAGUAGAAAAAACAAGAUCUGCCAUGAGAGAUCUCCAUACUCAGAUAAAGGUUUCAAUUCACUCUGUUGAAGCUGUGGCAAAAAGAAUCGAAACGUUAAGAGACGAAGAGUUGCAGCCUCAACUUCUAGAAUUGGUUCAAGGGUUAGCAAGGAUGUGGAAAGUAAUGGCAGGAUGUCAUCAAUUACAGAAACGGGCUUUAGAUGAAGCAAAGCUUCUACUCGCGGGUAUACCAUCGAAGUUGGAUGCUAGGAAGCUUUCUUCAGCUCCAGUCAUCGAACCAAACUGGUUAGCGCGUGCAUCGGCCAAUCUAGAGACAGAGCUCAGGAACUGGCGAAGCUGUUUCGAGUCAUGGAUCACUUCUCAGCGAUCCUAUAUGCACGCGAUAACCGGAUGGCUCCUCCGUUGCGUAAAUUCCGAUUCCUCCGACACUACAAAGCCUCCAUUUUCACCACGCAGGUCGAAUGCAUCUGCAUUGCCAAUAUUUGGACUUUGCAUCCAAUGGAAAAGGUUCCUGGAUGAUAUCCAAGAGAAGGCAGUGCUAGAUGGGCUUGACUUCUUUGCUGCUGGAAUGGGAUCACUCCACGCACAACAACAGCAAAGAGACGACCCUCACCGGAUUCAAGUUGGGUCACAGAGGUAUGAAGAAUCGAGUGGGAAUAUGGAGAUGGUAGAGUUUGGGAAGGCUGAAGAGGCAAUGACUGCAGAAAAAAUGGCUGAAGUAGCCAUAAGAGUGCUGUGUGCUGGGUUGUCUUUUGCUAUGAGCUCACUGACUGAAUUUGCUAUCAGUUCUGCUGAUGGAUAUGGUGAACUUCUUAAGCAAAUGCCAAAGGGAGACAAUGGCCAGAUGACACAAUAGCCUUCUCAAGGUGGGAUUGGAAUGUAAUUACAAAUGCUUUAUUUGUAGCUUAGAAUUUAUUUUAUUUUGAUUUUUUUUGGUUGGGUUUACAAUGGUUAGAAAAUGGCUUCAGAUGUAUUUAGUUGGAAUCUAACUUAGAUUUAUAUGAAAGUAGCCUGAAUGUAAUUUUUGUUACUCCCUCUCUAACUCUUUUGGGGUGUGAGUUAGUUGUUUGACUGAAUCGAUGCUGAAGUUGAUAUCAAUAAAAACCGAGAACAACCUGUCUAGAAAUAUUCAAAUGAAGGUGACAUACUAUUUUUUAUUU